AUGUCUAGCUUCGACAAGAUGGCACUCCAAGAGCCAGCAGGAUCUGCCGCACUGAGAGGACUCUAUUCAAGCAUGUCUCCCAUUCGAGCAAGAGAGCUCAUCACCAAAGCCGGCCUCAAAGCUCACGACGACGAACAUAUCAUGAACAACCUACGCACCUACGCAACUACACUCUACAAUCACGAGAAGCUCUGCGCACGCUACCAUUCACGGGUAAGUGAGGCCUUCUUUUCUUUGCCGAUUCCCGUGACGCGCUAACACGCACAGAUUGAACCCGCCGCCAACUGCAUCGCUUUCUUCAUCUGCGCCGCCCACGGCCAGAGCUUCCACCCGGAGUCGCAAGAGAUCCUCAACGCCAAUUCCCUACGCAUCUCAGCCAGUCUUCCCCUCGGCUUUUGGAAGGGCACGUAUCUCGCACUGGUUGCCGAAGUCCAGAUCCUGUACAACGACCUACGAGCAAACCUGUCCGACGCAAGCACCGUUCUCCAUUACAAUGGCUAUGAUGGCACCGCUGCCAAUAGCGCAUUCACGGCGUGGGACCUUGCCGUCCAGUUGGAGAACAUGUGGGACUUGUUGAUGGACGCGCGGGCCGUUGGCCCUAUUGAGCAUCAGGUACGUUAUCAAUCUCUUCUAGCGCAGCAGCGAGCAGACCGUGGCGAGAUGGGAAUGGGAAUGGGAAUGGGAGGCUUCGAGCAGCAGUGGCAGCAGAGCAGCGAGCAGCAGAGGAAUGCCGCCUUGGACAAUUACAGAGGCAUGGUGGAUGCCACCUCUCUGACACCCGAAGCCCUCCUGGAGCACCUGUGGACGAACGAAGUGCCCGCAAUCCGUCACGACUGCCGCACCAUCUACCACAUCGACAUCGGCCUCCGCGAGCCUCAGCAGGUGAACGAUACUUCCUGCGAGUGCGAGCCCAACUGCCGGUGUCGCCUGGUGUGCCAGUUCGACGUCGGCCCCUGCCAGUGCAAAGAAUCCCGGAGACAAGCAAGACAUCCCCAGCCCAUGCGCGCCGAUCAUGGUGCUGGGGAGCCAUCCGGUAGCACGGCACCUCCUCUUCGUCGCAGAGAGAGGAAGGGGACCUCCGGCAGCCAGCUCGCAUACGUGCCGGGGGUGAGGACGCCAACCCGGGGCCACAGGGGCAAGGACACCACUCCCCUAGAAUUUUACGGGAGCGGCUCGGGAGAGCGCUACCCCAAAUUCACCAGACCGGCGGCUAUGGACCAGUCGCCGCCGGUCUAUGGCCCCAGGGUGGCCGAAUCGCCGACCGACGAGUCUGCGGGAUGGAAGUCCUCGCAGGAGGCACCGGGCGCCCUGCCCGACUUCAUCGCCCCCCGUCCCGCCUUGAAGCAGCGGUACUUCUCUGCGGGGGGCGAUGUCCCAUUGCACCAGCGGCCGGAGAUCCAGGUCGCCAUGCCUCCCCCGGCAGAGCCCGGCUGGCGGAUGAGCAAGGAGCAGGUAGAAGCAUUCUACCAGCAACAAGCGGUCACCUCAUCCCCGCCGCAGCAGAGCCAGCCGGGCUCCUCAAGAGCCUCCCAGGAACGUGUCGGGACUGGGAGCUCCGGGGACGGCCGGGCGUCGAACGACACUCCCGGCUCGUCGAGUGGCGGCCAGCGAGGCCGAGGUGGAAGCAGCUCAAGCUGGCGAAUCAAGAACUUCUUCUCCAAGCACAGCAGCUCGGAUUGA